AUGAAUUUAUCAUCUUUUACACCAUCUCUAAGGUGGUUGAUUAUCUGGACUUCUUUGAUACCUUUACUAUUGGCAAAGGAUGACUAUUCUUCCUCCUUGUCCAAUAAUAAUUUAGGAUGGACGGACCCUACUGAAUUUCCUCUUGGAUGUUCACCAAAUGUUACAACACCAAAAAAUGGAUUGUCGAUGGAACUUUAUUCCUAUGAUUAUUUGAAAUCAGGAUCGAAUCCAUGUUGGGAUGCAGCAUAUCUAGAUCCGAAUUAUCCUCGAACAGGCUAUAAAUCACACAGACUUCUUGCAAAAGUUGAAAAUGUUGCUGGAAAUAUAAAUUUUUAUUAUCAUGCCCCAAUGGGGUGUACUUCGCUGUUUGAUACAUUACCACAAGCUUAUAACUAUCGUACACCAUUGACAAUGACAAAUUUUACUAUGUUACUCUAUGGCUACUUUAAACCAAAAGUAACCGGUUAUCAUACGUUUACAAUUUCGGCCGACGAUUUACUGUUUGUGAAUUUUGGGGCUGGUAACGCGUUUGAUUGUUGUAAAAGGGAAUCCAGCGCUGAUGACUUUGGUAAUUAUCAGGCUUAUGCCGUAUGGGGUUCUCAAACAGCUAAGGAUGAUUUAACAGUUCAUUUAGAUGCAGGUCUAUACUAUCCAAUUAGAAUUUUCUUUAAUAAUAGAGACAAUGAUGGUGCAUUAAGUCUAACAUUAAAAACUGAGUCAGAUCCGAACCCUGUAAUAGACUUCUCUGACUAUUUCUAUUCAUUUGAUGAUACAAAAGAUGGUUGUCCAGGCUUAGUUAGUUAUGAUACUUCGUGUGCCUCAGUUGACUCAUCUACAAUCAUCGGUGUUGACUACCUAACAGAAACACCAAACAAAAAUCUAGUUCCAAUUACUAAAACAAUUUACCAUCUAGGAAUUCCUUGUACUCUAUCCACAACAGGUAAAUUAUGCAGCACCGGGUUUUAUGACCCGUUAGCAGAUAGUUGUGUGCCAACAACAAUACUCUCGACUCUGAUAACAUCAGAACCAAGUUCAGAGUCUUCUUCUGAAACUUUAUACUACUCUUCGAGUAGAAGCCCUUCUUCAAGUGUUUCAUAUUCGGAACAUACUAGUAUCAACAGCAGCAGUCCUAUCUCAUCGAUCACCAAUAGUACUCCUUCAUUAUCUUCUCAAUAUACUUCUACCAAGUUUUCUUCAAUAACCAACUCUACGAAGUCACCAUAUUCACCAAGUCGUUCUAGUUCAUCAUCUGAUAUAUCUUCUGAAACAAACUCUGAUAGUUCAGUCUAUACACUACCAAGUAGUAGCAAACCGAUAACAUCUAAAACCUACCAGAAGAAUAGUACUGGGGUUAUGUCUACGAGCACAGAUGUGAAAUCAACAACUUUAUGCAGUUCGGUUCCUACAAGUAAAUUUGGUUCAAGUAGGUCAUUAGAAUCGUCAGUAAUUGAUUCAACAUCAUCCUUUGUCAAUAAUACAAACCAUCAAUCAUUUACUACAGAAUCAGGUACCACUUCAGUUAACUCAAGCAAUCUAUCCACACAGAUUUCAAGGAUGUCAAGUUUUUCUACAUUUGCUAAGGCCACUACAAAAAUAAGUUCCUCUGUACAAACUUCCAGUCAUAUUCUACAAAGCCCAACAACAGUUUCAUAUAUGGAUCACACACGUAACAGAACAGAGGCUAGCUGUUCUUUGGACAUUACGAAUAAGCUUCUGUUCCAACAGUGUGCUUUUAAUUCAGUUCCAGAGUUUCAUAGCAAAACGCAGAUGUCUAGAUCUCAAAUUCCCUUCGCAACUUACACAACUUCCUCAGACAAAUCUGUUUAUUACUCUAGCAGUGGGAGUGCUUCAGGUAUAAUGGUUUCUAUAGAGAGUUCCAUUGGUUUUUCCAUUUCAAAAACUAAUUCUGAGAAUACCAAGAACCCUCACUCUAUUAUUUUGCAAAUACAAUCUGAAGAAGCAUUCACUAAUUAUGCUACUACAACAGAGACAUCUUCAAAAUCUAAACUGGCAGACAAUAAUGAUUCUACUAAUGUUGGAAACAUACAAAUUGAAACUAUUAUCCAAGGUUCUGGUUCUGAUCUUGUGACGAUGUCUGGGGCAACAGUAUUGUUCUUUUUCAUCGUGCAGCUAUUUGGCAUGUUCUAG